GGUAGUUAAAAGGCUUUGUGUCAAGAUAAAUAAGUUAAACAUUAAUCUAACUUGAAAGUAGACACAGUUACCACACUUAAACCAUUUUGUUUUGCCCAGGAGAAGCGCGGAUGGUAAGCUGCUAUCACGAGGUAAGGGGGACUGCAUAUGAGACGGAGUAAAGUGAUAUCCCAAACAGACCUGGCUCUGUGCGGCUGCGGUGACGAAUGAGAGCAGGGCUUGACUUUGUUGUUGGCUUGUGGAAACGUUUCCACCGUCAUGGCAAAUGUCUUUUUAAUAUAUGAUAAAUAGAACCUUAUUACAUAACGUACCCGUCUUGUGACAUUUUAUACCUUUCUUGACUGUAGCUUCCUUGCAGUGUAUUUAUGCAUUCGUUUAUUUGUGUUAUUGUGUGAUUGUGUGUUCAAUUGUUCCAUAAAUAUCAGAUUUAGGCUAUCUGUUAAUUGUCUUAUUUAAUCUCCGACUGAGGUGACCUGGCAAUAUUAAAACUUUGUUGAUGGCAAAUAAGUCACUUUUCUUUGCCUUUCAACUUUAAAGGGGUAACUUCACCACAGUCUAUGUGGUGUCACUUUCCGUGUACACAAUAGAUGCCGAAUUUGAUAUUUUAACUGCUUUACUUUUGGCCUAAGAAAAAUUGAGUAUGUAUGCUUUCUAUUUUGGUUUCUUGGGUCUGCAUUUGCUGGGCUAAUCAGAAUGCAAAUUUUCCCUUUUUUAUUUCGAGUGCUAGGGAGAUGUGUUGGUCUCAGUUCUUUAGCCUAAUAACGCAAUAUGAUGGUUCUGUUCACUAAACAACAGGACACAAUGUGUUCAGUGGAUAAGGUGUCUUCAUGGAUCAAGACACUGAAUCUGGUGUUUUCUCUGACACUUCUGCAUGGUGAGGCAGCGCACCUUAAGAUUGGUGUUCCAGAAAACUAUGAUGGUAUUUUCCCUUGGUACCUCACCAAGCUGCCUGACCUCCCAUUAACCUACACUGAUCUGAUGGUGGGUGGUGAUGACGAGGGGAUUUUUGGAGUGGAGUCAGGAUUCCUGUAUGCCCUAAAACCACUAGAUCGAGAGAAGCAGCCAUCCUACUCUCUGCAGGUGUCCUUCACGGCGUCCAUGCACCCCCAAAGCUUCACCGUGGAGGUGUGCGUCAUUGACAAGAAUGACAACGUGCCUGUGUUCCGAGAGGAGAGCAUGAGGGGCUCCGUGCAGCUGGGUCUGCUGAAAGGGAUCCCGUUCAUGCAGGUGGAGGCUCUGGACCAGGACGACCGCAACACCGCCCACGCUGACCUCCGUUUCAGCCUCCUGGACCAGACGCCCCGCAUCCCGGCCAGCCACAUGUUCUACGUAGACGCUGACACUGGGGAGGUGUCACUCACUGAGGAUGGGGCCUCCACCCUGGACCCGGAGAUGUGCGGCCGCUACAAGCUCUCGGUGAUGGUGCAGGACAUGGGAGGGAGGGCCAACGCUUUCUUCUCCACUGGAACUGUGUUGGUGGAGGUGACAGGGAACACGUGGUCCUCCCCAGACCCAGUGCGGCUGCAGGAGAACCUGCCCGGGCCCUACCCUAUCCCCAUCUCUCAGGUGAAGUGGAGUGGGAGUUCGGUAGAGUACAGUCUGGAGGGAGAAUUUCCAGAGAUGCUCUUCACCAUCAAUAGAGAAGGAGUAAUUUACCUUAAUGCUCCUCUGGACAGAGAAACGCAGGACCAGUUCCACAUCAGCAUUGUGGUGGAAAGGCCCGAUGGCAGGGAGAUUGCUAAGCCAGUAGAGUUGAGGGUCAUGGUGGGUGAUGCCAAUGAUAACAGACCCACCUUCCCUCAGAUGCAGUACCACACCGUCGUCAAAGAACUCGCCACAAAAGGAACUGAAAUUCUCACGGUCCAGGCAGCCGACAAUGACGAUCCCAAAACAGACAACGUACGGAUCUUCUAUCGGCUGGUCGGGCAGGUACCGGAGAGCCCCUGGAACUUGUUCCGCGUGGACCGAGACUCCGGGGUGAUCACGGUGCAGGUGGACAGCAUGGAGGGCACCGCUCCACAGUACACACUCACCAUCACUGCGGAGGAUGCAAAAGGACUCAAUAGCUCCUGCACUGUAAUAGUCAAAGUUCUGGAUGAGAACAACAAUCCUCCAGUAUUCUCUCAGCAUGAGUACGGGCCAUUCCAUUUGCCUGAGGAUGCUCCUGUGGGUGCCACGGUAACAGCAGUGGCAGCGUGGGACUCCGACGAGAGGGGCGGAGACAGUUGGCUGGUCGACUACCGGCUGGAGUCUGGAAAUGAAGAGGAGGUGUUCUCUCUGGUGACGGACAGGCAGACCAAUGAGGUCUCCCUUGUCCUCAACAAGGUGCUGGAUUUUGAGCGGGAGAAUGAAUACAUCUUGGUACUCAGUGCACAGAACCCCGUGGCUCUGGUGCGGGGCAGGUAUGGCCCUGCCUCCACCUCCACGGUCUCUAUCUUCAUCGAUGACAUCAAUGAGGGUCCCGUCCUGUCGCAGAGUCACUACGAGGUCACGGUCAGAGAGGGGGAGGAGCCAGGACGUGUCAUUGCCACAAUCAGGGCUUAUGACCCUGACUCUCAUCCAAUCAGGUAUUCGCUGAGAGGAGACACUAAGAAUUAUUUCUCUAUUGGAAAGUACUCAGGAGAGCUGAAGACAGUGCAAGCCUUGGACAGAGAGGAGAACAGCACCUACACUAUGGAAGUGGUGGCUGAGGAUGGGCGUAAUUCCUCUCUCUCUGCCUCCACGCUUGUGACCGUGCAUAUCCUGGACGUGAACGACAACAGCCCCGUCCUGGUGGGUGAUUACUCCUGGAAGUACCUGUGCACCCCGCGCUGGGAGGACCAGGCGCUGGUGUUGGCGUCGCGGGACAGCGACGGGCCGCAGCAUGGCGGCCGCCUCAAUUUCUCACUGCGCACCGAGCCCACAGUUCAGCGCAACUGGAAACUAACGCCCAUCAACGACACUCACACUAACCUGUCGCUGAAUAUCGCCUAUCUGGCCCCAGAUGUUUACAUUGUCCCCUUCACCAUCUCAGACAGCAGCUCUCCUCCCAGAAGCACCUUCAUCAACCUGCCAGUGACUGUGUGCACAUGUAACCUGAGGGGGAACUGCCGGACCGCUGCAAAGCAGCUCUCAGGGAUGCCCACUCUCCAGUCCACACUGGGCGUCCUGCUGGGAACUCUGGGGGUUAUCGGAACCAUACUAAUAGUCAUCUUUGUAAGACUCUCCUACCAGAACUCCCCACCGCCUGGAAAAGCCAAUCAGGAGAGAGUGCCUCUCAAAAUGACACUCUAACUUCUCUAGCUAACUGGGCACUAAAAAUGUAUGGUCAGCAAUAAUUAUUUGCUCCCGUCAUUCCUUAGCAAGGCAACUUGCCAGACAAUUGAUUUUUUUUCUUUAACUCUGAAAUGCUAUAGGCCAGUGUGUUUUGUUUCAGGUUUGAUCCUCAGAUCUGUCUCUACACUGCACAAUGUAAUGGUUCUUGAGCACACACAUUUUAAACACAUGGAGGGUCAAUUAGUGCAGUGCAUAGUUUCUUAGAUUUCUGGUAUAUUUUAAUGUAGUAUAUAUAAAAACCUUUUGUUUAGUAUUGUUUAGUAUUCAGGUCACAACUGAUCUAUUUAUCUGUUCAUUGUCUGUAGCAGAGGUUAGUGUGGUGUUACUGUGUCUGUUGGGGUUUUUUUUUUGGUUUUUUUUUUAGCCUGUGAUUAUGUCACCAAUUAUACAGUUGAGCUCGCCUUUUACAUUUAUAUUAUACAUGAUUAUUAGACACUUUCUAUUAGAUUUGAUAAUUACAUCUGAUUACUAUCCCAGAUCGGUUGAAUAUAAAUGAAUUAAACAAUUAAAAAACUGAGAAAAAGA